AUGCGACCGUACGCACUUGCAUUUGGAGCAGGAAAUAUACCAACUCCCGACAGAAUAUUCACAGCUGAGGAGUUACUCAAAUACGACGGACGCGAUCCAGACACCCCAGUCUACAUCGGCUUCAAUGGUUUUGUAUACGAUGUGAGUGCGGGUAGGCAGUUUUAUGGCCCCGGUGGCGGCUACGCAUUCUUUGCUGGCAAGGAUGCUACACGGGCGUAUAUCACCGGCAACUUCGCAGAAGAUCUUGUUCCGAAUGUCGACGGUCUAAGAGAAAAUCAACUCAAAGAACUUAAAACGUGGCAAGACUUCUACGAUUCACAUGCCGAUUAUUUCCGAGUGGGAAAUAUGGAUUAUAAAAUAUUGGAGAGCGAUACAAAACCCGAAUCGGAAGAAGCGGCGGCCGACAAUGCGGAAGGUGAACCAGAGAUGAGUACGAAGGAAACGAAGCCGAAAAGCGAGUUAUGAAUAAAUUAAUACCAAAUUAGCCUGUUUUGAACCACAUUAUGAACACAGGCAUCUUUUAACAAUUUUACUUAUAAAAUC